AUUUCAUUUUGUGAAGUCACUGCGCGACUAUCUACAAUAAAUACAGCUGUUAUUCGGAGAGAUUAUUAAUAACAUUCUGCCAGUCGCUCGGAGCAGCCGAAUCACCACAGAGCCUAGAAUUGAUAACACAAUUCUAGCCAAAUCAUUUAAAGCGCAUAACAGUGACCUCUGGAAUGGCGGCGAAAAAACUGGAUGCCAUCAUCUUCGGUGCUUCCGGAUUCACCGGAAAGUACACCGUUUUCGAGGCGGUCAGCGUGCUCAAGGGCCUCACAUGGGGCAUCGCCGGUCGCAACCAAGAGAAGCUGGAGUCGGUGCUAAAGGAAAUGGGAGCAAAGUCCAAAACGGAUCUCUCCCAAACGCCCAUCGUAAUUGCGGACGUGAACAACGAGGCGUCGCUUCUGGAGAUGGCUAAACGCUGCCGGAUUGUGGUAAAUACGGCUGGACCGUACCGAUUCUUCGGUGAGAAGGUGGUCAAGGCCUGCAUUGAGGCGGGCACCCACCACGUGGACGUCAGCGGAGAACCGCAGUACAUGGAGACGAUGCAGUUGCGCUACAACGACCUUGCCAAGGAACGUGGGGUGUACGUGAUUAGCGCCUGCGGAUUCGAUUCCAUUCCCGCCGACAUGGGCGUCACCUUCGUGGAGAAGAACUUUGACGGAGUGGUCAACUCGGUUGAGAACUUUGUUCACAUGGGCGUCAAGGGGGGAACCAAGGGAACCGGAAGUGCUGCCCUAAACACCGGAACCUGGGAGAGUGCCAUUCACGCCAUCGCCAACCGGAGUGAGUCGUUAGCCAUCCGCCGUAAGCUCUUUCCCGAGCGCCUUCCCAAGUUCCAGCCGAGUCUGAAAAACCGAUCUCCGCUGUCGCGCGCUCCCGAGGUGGGCAACAAAGUGAUCCUGCCUUUCCCCGAAACUGAUCGCUCGGUGGUGAUGCGCUCACAGCGAUUCCUCUACGAGCAGGAGAAGAAGCGUCCCGUCCAGAUGCAGGCCUACAUGACAUAUCCCUCAUGGUUCGCGGCCAGUGUUGUUGUGCUCUUCGCCUCUGUGAUUGGAAUCAUGGCAAAGUUCUCCUUCGGCCGGCAGUUGCUGCUCAAGUACCCAAGCGUCUUUUCCGGUGGAAUGGCUUCCCGUGAUGGACCCAGCGAGGCCAGAAUGGAGCGUUCUUUCUUCAAAAUGACAAUGAAGGCCACAGGAUGGGACAAAUCAGACAAGCUGGCCGAGAGUACGGAUCAGUACAGCUCUCCGCCUACAAAAACAUUGACCGUGACGGUUACGGGUCCCAAUCCCGGCUACGGAUCGACCUGUGUGGCCCUGCUCUUCACGGCCAAGACCAUCCUUAGCGAAAGCAACAAGAUGCCCGGAACAGGUGGAGUCCUGCCGCCUGGAGCCGCCUUCCGGGAAACCAGUCUCAUCAGCGAGCUGGAAAAGCACGAGCACGGCAUUAAAUUUGAGAUUGUCGCCAACAAGUAGAGCAUUCAUUAAUACGGAAUGUAAUAUUUAUUGGACUUGUAAUUAAGGAAAAAUUAAUUAUUCAAAAUAUACAUACUUAAGUAUUGAUGAUUUAUUUUCCUUUAAAUUAAAGUGUAUCAUUUUCCAAAA